UCCCUAACUGUCAGCAUGCCUUCCCUUCGCAGGGUCCCGCUUCGCCGAGUCCACGGGCCACAUGGCAUGCUGAACCCACUGCGGGCCUGGGAGGAGCUGGCAGCGGCAGUGCCUUCUGGGCUGGGGGCCCCGCCCCGCCGGGAUGGGCCCUUCUUUGUGCCACUUUCCAAGUUCCUGAACGUGCAGUACUUUGGGGAAAUUGGGCUGGGAACGCCCCCACAGAACUUCUCCGUUGUCUUUGAUACCGGCUCCUCCAACCUCUGGGUCCCAUCCAAGAGAUGUCGCUUCUUCAGUGUGCCUUGCUGGUUUCAUCAUAUCUACAAUCCCAAAGCCUCCAGCUCCUUCCGGCCCAAUGGGACUAAGAUUGCCAUUCAAUAUGGAACUGGGCGGCUGAGUGGGAUUCUGAGCCAGGACAAGCUGACUAUUGGAGGAAUCAACAAUGUGUCGGUGACUUUUGGGGAAGCUCUGUGGGAGCCCAGCCUGGUCUUCACUGUUGCCUCCUUCGAUGGGAUAUUUGGCCUCGGCUUUCCCUCUCUGGCCGAGGAUGGAGUUCCACCCCCUUUCGAUGUCCUGGUGGAGCAGGGGCUGCUGGAUAAGCCCAUCUUCUCCUUCUACCUCAACAGGGACAUUCAAGGAGCUCAUGGAGGCGAGCUGGUCCUCGGGGGCUCAGACCCGGAGCACUAUAUCCCGCCCCUCACCUUCGUGCCCGUCACCAUCCCCGCCUACUGGCAGAUCCACAUGGAGCGAGUGAUGGUGGGCACCGGGCUGACCCUCUGUGCGCAGGGCUGUGCUGCCGUCGUAGACACAGGCACGUCGCUCAUCACAGGACCCUCCGAGGAGAUCCGCGCCCUGAACAGGGCCAUUGGGGGCCUCCCCUGGCUGGCUGGCACGCACUUCAUUCGGUGCUCGAAAAUCCCAACACUCCCCCCAGUCUCCUUCCUGCUUGGGGGUGUCUGGUUUAACCUCACUGCCCAGGACUACGUCGUCCAGAUUUCUCAGGGUGGCUUCCGCCUCUGCUUGUCGGGCUUCCAGGCCUUGGAUAUGCCUCCGCCUGCAGGCCCCCUCUGGAUCCUCGGCGACGUCUUCUUAGGGGCCUACGUAGCAGUCUUUGACCGCGGGAGCGCAAGCAUGGGCCCCCGAGUGGGGCUGGCGCGUGCUCGCGUCCCGGGCGCGGACCUGGGAGGAGACGGGAUCGCGCAGGCGCAGUUCACCGACUGAAGCCCGGGUUUAGACGCUUGCGCAGCACGAGGUAGCAAAGAUCCGAUUUCCAGAAAAGAUUCAAGAUUUCCACUGAAUGAAUCUA